CACACACUCAUACACUCAACAUCUUGAGUAGUUUAGAGCCAGUCCACGACAACAUUAGAGGAGAGAAAGCAGAGGAGGUGUGUGUGUGCAUCUGUGUAGUGAGAGUAAAAGCACAGUGACUUCUCUUCUCUUUUUUGUGGAGUGAGUGUUGGUGGCUCAGUGUGUCUAUGUGUGUGAGAAGACAGAGAAGCAGAGUACAUGUGUGUCUGUGUUGUUGAAGGAGACGCUGCUGGGUGUGAUGGCUCUUUUGCGUUAGUACUUGUGCGGACAGGAGAGUUGAAGGCAGUUGUUUUGUGGGACUCACAGGGAAUGGCAAACUCCACGGUAUCCUUGGAAACAUCCGACUAAAUGAUAAUGGCUGAGGCGAUCUGCUGCACCUUGGUGAACUGUAACUGUGACAGCUUCAAGCCUGGGAAGCUGAAGAGGAGGCAGUGUGAAAACUGCAAGCAUGGCUGGGUAGCACACGCCCUGAGCAAGCUUAAGGUGCACCACAUGUACCAGAGCAGCCAGGUGGAGAUUGUGCACUCCAACGUGGUGUUCGAUAUCUGCAGCCUGAUGCUGUACGGCACCCAAGCCAUCCCCAUUCGCCUCAAGAUCCUCCUGGACCGCCUUUUCUCUGUCCUCAAGCAGGAGGAGGUCAUCCAGAUCCUCAACGCCCUCGACUGGACACUGCAGGAUUACAUACGAGGAUACGUGCUCCAGGAUGUAGCAGGAAAGGUGCUAGACCGGUGGGCCAUCAUGACGUUCGAGGAGGAGAUCGCUACACUGCAGCAGUUCCUGCGUUUUGGUGAGACCAAGUCCAUAGUGGAGCUGAUGGCUCUGCAGGACAAGGAGGGCCAGGCCGUGUUAGUUCCCAGCACCCGCACCAACUCAGAUAUCCGCACUUUCAUUGAGCGCAAUACCCCACGCACUGCUGCCAGCCUCUCCACAUCCAAAGUCGAUAAGUUGAGCAGCAACAGCAUGCACCACUUUGAAAACUUCAUCAAUAGCAUGGCCUUCAUGCUGCCAUUCCAGCUGUUAGGCUCUGUUCCUGCACCAUUUCUUGGCUCACAAACAGGGACACUGCAGCAGCAGCACCAGCAACAGCAGCAGCCAUGCUGUGGAUCAGUGGAGCAGCAGAGUCAGAGACGAGAUGAUCAAGGGCGGGACGGUCUUGGGAGGGACAACCCCCUCCCUCUAUCACAACCUCCAGAGAACAACCUGCUAGGAUCUAGCUCUGUCUCAUUCACUACUGAUCUAGACCGAAGUGGAGACAAGCCAAUGGACAGCCUCUCCACCACCACCAAGAUUGAAGCAGAAGACUUCUCCACUAGUGACAACUACUCAGAUGGACCCUCCACACCCUGCACGCCCUCCAUGAGCUCUGAUGUAACACAGAUGUCACCCGAGGGAAAACUGCGCUCUGUGGACAGGAACGGGAGUAGUGGUGGAGGGGUCCCAGGAGGCAGUGGGGGCGGAGGCUCUCUGAAGAAGGGUCGUGUAUUUUGCAAUGCCUGUGAGAAGACGUUUUAUGAUAAAGGCACGCUGAAAAUCCACUACAAUGCAGUGCAUCUGAAGAUUAAGCACAAGUGUACCAUUGAGGGUUGCAACAUGGUGUUUAGCUCACUGCGCAGUCGCAAUCGUCAUAGUGCCAACCCAAACCCGCGGCUACACAUGCCCAUGAACCGCAACAACCGGGACAAAGAUCUGCGGGGCAGCAUGUCUGCAGAUGAAAGCUCUCAAGGAGAAAAGAGGCCUGAAUAUGGCACUUCCAUCCCUGUCUGCUCUGCAGAAAGCCAUAAAUCAGUGCCCAGCUACAUGGUAAGCCAUGUGGAUGCUGGCUCUAAGCUCCACAACAGCUCGUUCCCCAGCAUGGCCCAGAGUGGCAUCCUCUUUCCCAACUUAAAAACAGUACAGCCUGUCCUGCCUUUCUACCGCAGCCUAGUAACUCCAGCAGAGCUUGCCAACACUCCAGGAACACUACCCUCCCUUCCUCUGUUGUCCUCCUCUGUACCUGUUAAACCCAUUACAGCUCCUGAACCCUGCAUAACAGAUCCUAUACCAAAGAAAAAGUCACGGAAGUCCAGUAUGCCAAUAAAGAUAGAGAAGGAGACAGUGGAGCGAGAUGAGCAGAUGGAUAAGGGAGGCAGCUCUGAGGAUGAGGCUCCUUUACAGGGCAGGGACCAGGAGGAAUGUGAUGGUAGCCGAGAAGAGCAUAUGUGCACAAGACAAGCUGGGGAGGAGAGACAGGUGAGAGGUGCUUACACUGGUGAAGAGAAGGACAGGGACAGCCCCAAGCAUCUGUUGGACCAAACUCUAGAUAGAGAGAUGACAGAGAAGAAUGACAAAGAUAAUGGGCCGAGGCAAGCUGAAACAGGGGUAAUCACCUGUGCAUCCUCCCCCUUCGAAAACAGACUGAUGGAGAACCACUGUGACAACAACUUACUCUGUCACGAACCCAAUGGCAAUGAAGAAAGGGUGGAGAGGGAAAAUGCAAACUCCAUGCAUGGGGUGGGCAAAAUUUCCGAGCUCAAAUGGGAUGACGGUGAGCACAGGCUGAGUAACGGGGGCACUCUCCAGCUCAUAGACCGCAACAGGGAGGGAUCUGAUGGCUGUGUUGAUGACUACGGUGACUCAGGGUUGUCUCACUUUGACCCAGAUGCUGACCUGCCACACCACUGUGAAAUCUGCAGUAAGACCUUUAAGAACCCCUACAGCGUGAAGAUGCAUUACCAAAAUGUCCACCUCAAGGAGAUGCACAUGUGCACAGUGGACGGCUGCAAUGCUGCCUUCCCCUCCCGCAGGAGCCGAGACAGACACAGUGCAAAUUUGAACCUGCACCACAAGCUACUGACCAAAGACUCAUUCAGCCCAGCCAGCACCCUCUAUCCGCCCUCAUCCCACUGUAGAGACCGGGACUCUGUUGGCCUGGACUACUGCAAGGACCAGUGGGACAGAGACCUGCUCCAUCGAGAGCCAAAUAGUCAAACCUCUGUCAUCUUUCGGGGACACAACCGCAUGGGCCUGGUCUUCCCUAUGAGCAAAAUGUCUACUGCACCAGACAGUGCCGAGGCAUCGCCCAUAGGAGAGAUGGAGGGAUUAGGAGGAAGAGGAGGAGUAGGAGGAGAAGAUGGUGUAAAUGGGGAGGAUGUGGCAGUCCUGGACCUGAGCACCUCCUCUUUAGCCCCGCCUCAUGGCAGCAGCAGUGCACGAUCUUCCUGGGACUCAGACGGAGCUGGAAGCGAGGAAGGGGAAGGGAUUGAAGAGGGUGAGGAGGUGCUGGAGGACAGUGAUGAAAGCUGUGAUGGGAUUGGUGUGGGAAGGCCCGGGGGCGAGGACUUGGCACUUGGGGGAGAGAGGACCCUUGGCUGUGUUGGGGGAGGACAAGGCGGACUUCAGGGAGGUGGGGGUGGAUCUCCAAUAACCUGUCACGUCUGCCAAAAGGUGUACAGCAACAAGGGCACAUUCAGAGCCCAUUACAAGACUGUCCAUCUACGACUGCUUCACAAGUGUAAAGUCCCUGGCUGCGAUACAUCCUUCUCCUCUGUGAGAAGCAGAAACAGGCACAGCCAGAACCCAAACCUCCACAGGAACCUAGCUGUUAGCUCAGGUGCCACGAUGGACCAUGAGUAGGAAUUUGCAUUCAUGCCAACAUGACUGAUUUCUUUUGUUCUGUCUUUUUUUUUGUUUUAGGGCACCUAAAAAAGGCUCACCAAUUAGCACUUUUUAAAGUCCAUACUACAGUCCAUUCUGUUGUCAUAUUUUGUUAAAAAGAAAGAAAAAAGAAAGUACAAUCAGGAGUUCAUUUGUUGUGGCAACAAUGUCUUUUUCUGCAAAAACAGAAGUUGAUAAAACAUUAUAUGCAUCUGUCUGUUUACAUAUCAGCAUACUGUAAAAAAAUAAAAAAUAAAUAAAAAACAAAAACAGAAACAUACACCUGUCAGAACAUCCAUGUUUGUGUUGAGGAAUAGAACCAUGACAAGUCUCAGUCUUUGGUAGUAAUGCAGUACUGAUUUCUCUGUAUUGGUUUGCCUUACAGUCCAGUUUAGACCUUAAAAAAAUUCAUUUGUAUGAACUGAAUUUUUCUGUGUGUUGUCCAAGUUAGAGUUGAAUCAUGAAACUGUAUCACGUGAGUGAUUUUUUUCUGGUGUUUUUGUUGUGAGAUCUUCCUUGUGAGGCUGUGCAUCAUGUAUUGAUCAAAAGCAGUAGUGAAGUAACGUCCACAUGUCAUUUUAUUCAUUUGGACAAUGGUCUUCAAAGAGUCUUUGUUAAAAAUUUAUAGUGUUGUGAGCUUGACCAAUAAAUUAUUGUAUGGUGUUGAUCUGAUUUGUCUAUACUGUUCUGGUUGUUGCAUACUGCUAAUGUUUACCAAAGAUUUUUUUCAGUUCACAGGUGUGUAUAGAAAGCCCUUCAUAAUGUGUGGUAGGUAUGCAGUAUUAAAAGGGCAAGCCCAGUCUUCUCUCAUCUACUUGAUUAACAGCCAUAUUCAGACCUGGGCUCUGUUGUAAAAUAAAAUAAAAUUAAAUGAACACAAAAAUGAAUUAAAAUAAUUAAAAAAAAAAAAUCAAUCAAACAAACAAAAAACUACUUUUGACUGAUCAGGGUGAAAAAAAGACUUGAUUAAGACAUUGCUCUUGUAUUGUCUUUUUGGUUCCAUGCAGUAUCCUGACUGACUGGACAAACAGCAGAAAGAAAUGCUGGGAAACUGGAAGCAUGUACUGUGAAUGAGUCAGACACUGAGAAACAAUGAUGAAAAAAAGCAUUUUUAAUAAUGGCCCUAGAUCACACCGUAAAGAAGAACUGGUAAACAAAAAUGUUUAUUGAACUGUAUAUUCUGUGAAUAGAGUAAAUUGUUGAAAGAAACCAAAAAAUAUACUGUAUAAAAUAGGUAAAGUUCACCACUAACAUUAAGUUUUUCUUUUUUGUUUUUUUCCAAAAACAAACAAGAAUAUUGUGUUGUAUGUCUGAUUAUUUCACCAUGGUUUACUGUUCUAGUUUUGCUCUGUAUUUUGCUUUUUUUUCAUUCUGUAUUUAAAUGCAAUGGGCCAGUUUUAAGAUUCUGUUUGUUUGUUAUUUGGAUUUGUUCGAAAAAGGGCAAAAAUGACCCAUGCUGAUAGAUGUUCAUGCUGCCUUUGAUUUAAUGUUACAAUAUUCAUUCCAAUUAAAUAAAAAGCCAUAUGUUUGCAAGGCUCA